AUGCCGUCGCGUAGUAUCCAAUCGGUUGGUUCCGAUGAGAGUGUCGUGAUAACCGGAGUGUCCGGUCGUUUCCCGCGUGCGAACAAUGUUGGCGAGUUUGCUCGCAGUUUGUACGGAAAGGAGGACCUCGUGGAUGACCUGGAGACCCGUUGGCAACACACGAUGCAGGACGUUCCACGGCGUACCGGGAAGAUCGGAAACAUGGAGAAGUUUGACGCAGACUUCUUCGGAGUCAGUCGGAUCGAGCGGGACACGAUGGAUCCACAGGUGCGCAUGACGAUCGAGCAUGUCUACGAGGCUGUGCUUGACGCUGGAUUGAAUCCAUUGACCCUGCGAGGUUCGCGGACCGGGGUAUUCAGUGGAGUGUGUUUCUCAGAAACUGAAGUGUGCAUGUACUACAGAGCGUGUCCUCCCAAGGGGCUUGGUUUGUUGGGGUGUGCCAAAUCGCAGAUUCCCAAUCGUGUUUCUUACUUGCUAGAUCUAAGGGGACCUAGCUAUGUGCUGGACACUGCUUGUAGUAGCUCAAUGUACGCCUUGGAUGUUGCGUACCGAAGUAUGAUGAACGGCGAAUGCGAUGCGGCAAUUGUAACGGGGGCUAAUCUAACACUGCAUCCCUUCAUUACGUACCAGUUUGCAAUGUUGGGAGUCUUGGCAAAGGAUGGAUAUUGUCGGCCUUUCGACAAAGACGCAACGGGAUACACGCGUUCAGAAGCCGUCUGUGCUGUAUUUCUACAGAAAGCAAAAGAUGCGAAGCGUGUUUAUGGUCACAUAAUUCAUUCAAAGACCAAUUGUGACGGAUUCAAACCGGAAGGAAUAACUUAUCCUUCAGGAUCAGUUCAACAACAGUUGCUAACUGAGUUCUACAACGAGGUAGGAAUAAGUCCUACAGAGGUCGACUAUGUAGAAGCACAUAGCACUGGAACGUUUGUAGGAGAUCCAGAAGAAUGUGACGCUAUAGAUAAAGUGUAUUGCACUGAACGAACCGAUCCCCUGCUUGUGGGGUCUGUAAAAUCCAGUAUUGGCCAUACGGAAGCUUCAGCAGGAGUAUGCUCCAUCACAAAAUGCAUUAUCGCCAUGGAGAAUGGCCUUAUUCCUCCAAACAUCAAUUAUACUGAUUACAGGCCUACCAUUCCGUCUUUGGUUGAAGGUCGUUUGAAGGUUGUUACAGAUGCAAUGCCACUUUCGGGCCCAUUGGUUGGUAUCAACUCGUUUGGAUUCGGAGGAGCAAAUGCUCAUGCUUUGUUAUGUCGCAAUUUGAAAGAGAAAGUUAAGAAUGGCGUUCCAGACGAUGAUCUUCCAAGGUUGGUCACAUGGUCAGGAAGAACCAGAGAAUCUAUUGAAACUAUGCUUUACGACAUUGGCCAGCGUCCGUUGGAUGUUGAAUUCAUUGCUCUUCUGUUUAACAUUCAGCAGCAGCCUACUCCUGGUCAUCGGUAUCGAGGAUUUGGUAUUUAUCAGAAGAAUGGAGAUCGUCCAGCUGUACUACAAACAUCAUCCAUCGAUCGAGUGAAGCUUGAUGCCAUUCCUGUGGUUGCUGUUUUCGGAGGAAUUAACAUCAACUGGAGAAAAGAAUUAGAUGCUCUGCGGCAAUUCUCUGUAGUAGAAGAUACAUUUGUUAAAUGCAGCGGAAUUCUACGAUCGCUGAAGUUCGAUUUGCACAAAAGAUCGUCAGGAAGAGAAAGCAUAUUGUACAAUAUGGUUGGAUCGACCAUUCUUCAGUUGUCUAUCGUUGAUUUGCUGAGCUCGAUUGGAGUGAAGUUUGACUUCUAUGGAGGACAUUCCAUUGGCCAAUUCACUUGUGCAUACAUUGACCACAAUUUGAACCUAGAACAAGUUCUUCGUUUAGCUUUCUGGCAUGGAUUAGUGUUUUCUGACUGUCAUGCGGUAUGUGAUCGUACUGCGUUCGUACAAAUCAAUUCACAGCUGAAACAGCUUCCUUUGGAGAAUCUUAUCAAGGAUAGUGCAACCAACUUUGGUAUUUUGAACGCAAAUGAGAAAGUAAUGGUGGAACAGAUUCGUCAACUGAAGUCGUCCGGUUUGAUUGCUGAAGAGUUAUCGUUUUUGGAUGUGCAUGCAGAUUCAACGAAAAGUUCAUCGCUUGCAAAUAAACUACGACAAACCGUGAAUACCGUUUUGAGCAGAACCAUUUUGCCCAGUGAUAAAUGGAUUACUUCAGCAUUGCCUCAGACGUCUUCUAUAUUCCAUUCACCGAAACUGCACGAUGUUACAUCUAUAGUUAAUUUGAUUGAGAAUAUUCCGCAUCAUUCACAUAUCGUAGAGUUUGGCAGCUCACAAUCGUGUGAGAAUGUGCUUCGGUUUUUAAAUCAUAACUCGAGUUACAUUCCAUCUGGAUCUACCGCAUCGGAUACGAUCAGUCAAUUGUUGUGUCAAAUAGGACAGUAAGUGUUU